AUGAGCGGGCAGGCCUUUAUUGUCGUUGACCCAGUGUCCACGGGAGGCGUCGUGGCCGUCGAAGCCAUGCAGCGGGGCUACUCCGUGAUCAUCGCGUGGAGUGAGGAGUGCUCGGAGGACAUGCGGGCGCACGUGCCCGACGUCUGCAAGGGCAUCAAGUAUCACGCCGAAGUGGAGGAGAAGUCGACCAUCCCCCAAACAGCCGCGGCGGUCAAAGCGGCGGCCGGCGGGAUGCCGAUUGCGGCGUGCAUCGUCGGCGCCGAGACAGGAGUCACCUUGGCCGACAAGCUGAGUCUCGAGCUCGGAAGCGUCCAGCAGCGGGCCGUCAAGGCGACGGGCCUCCGCGCGGUGCGGGAGGCGCUCGGCACGACUUGGACCGAGGUGAAGGACUUUGUCGCGACCGAGUCUAUGCCGGUGGUGGUCAAGCCGGUCGAGAGCGCUGGCUCCGACGGCGUCAAGCUCUGCCACACGGUGGAGGAGGCCAAGGCCCACUUCACGCUCCUCAUGGAGUCGCAGCGCAAGUGCGGGGCGCAGGGCGCGGCGGAGUACGUAGUCGAUUGCGUCUCUCGCGGCGGUGUGCACAAGGUCAUCAUGGUUUGGGUCUACGACAAGCGGCCGACGAACGGCUCCGCCUUCGUCUACUACGGCAUGAUCCCUGUGGAGUCGAGCUCGGAGGUGGCGCAGGUGCUGAUCAAGUACACGCUCGGCGUGCUCAAGGCGCUCAAGCUCGACAACGGGCCGACGCACGGUGAGGUGAUGAUGACGGCGGAUGGGCCGUGCAUGGUCGAGAUGAACUGCCGCUCGCACGGGUGGGACGGCUCGUGGGUGCCGCUCGAGAAGCUGCUGACGGGAGGGUACUCGCAACCCGACGUCGCCGUCAGCUCGCACGUCGACGGGCCUGCGUUCGACAAGAUUCCGGCCGUUUACCCAAAGUUCAAGGCCGCGGGCGCGGCUCACCUUCGGCCUGUUCUGUACCGCCGUAAACAGCUCCUGAACAGCAUCUCAGAUUUGCAGCUUAAACAGGUGGAGCUCACCGUCGACCUCUUCACCGCCGUCGGCGUGCUCAUCCUCGCCAACCCGGACGCGAAGCAGCUCGAGGCGGAUUUGGCGACGGUGCGGAAGAUGGAGAAGGAGGGCCUUUUCACGUUCGACGAGGAGAUCGACCCCGUGCAGGCCGAUGAUAUGGUCGAUAUGCUCCCCGGCCGCCGCCUCACCGAGUACAGCGACGCCAGCCGUCUCUCCGGUCGGAUCUCUGGGGCGGGCGCCUACAAGGCGUCCGCGGGGGGGCCGCCCACGAACGAGACGCUCUUCGCCGUCGCCGGCGCCGCGUUUGCCGCCGGCGCGCUCAUUGGCCUGCUCGCGGCCAAGGCAGUGAAGUGA